CACAUCACGAUAUACUAAUUGAAGCAACGUUUUAUCGGUAUUAAUAAGUUAAUGGUUUCUCGGUCAUUAACCACAGCCUAUCUUACGCUCCAAAGAAAAUUAAAAUCAACAGCCUAUCCUACGACCUUGUAUCCUCCUCCUAGGACUUCACAGAGACAGAGUGUCGUUAGAGAGAAGAAGAAAAACAAUUUGUAUUUUGAAAAUAAUAACAGGGGAAAACAAACAAGAAAUAUUGAAGUCAGAGCAAACAAGAAUUCUGCAACAAUGGCCAUGGCUGGUUUGUACAGAAGAGUUCUUCCUUCUCCGCCUGCAAUUGAAUUUGCUUCUACUGAAGGGAAGGAACUUUUCAGUGAAGCCCUUCAAAGUGGAAAUAUGGAAGGAUUUUUCAAGUUAAUUUCUUACUUCCAGACGCAGUCGGAACCUGCAUAUUGCGGAUUAGCCAGUAUUUCAAUGGUCUUGAAUGCCCUUGCAAUUGAUCCACGAAGAAAAUGGAAAGGACCUUGGAGGUGGUUCGACGAAUCCAUGUUGGAUUGCUGUGAACCUUUAGAGAAGGUCAAAGCUGAAGGAAUCACAUUUAGUAAAGUUGUAUGUUUAGCUCACUGUGCUGGAGCAGAAGUUAAAGCUUUUCGCACAAAUAAAAGCUCAAUCGAUGAUUUUCGCAAAUAUCUCAUGACAUGUACUUCAUCCGAAGAUUCCCAUCUGGUUACAUCAUACCACAGAGGACCUUUGAAACAGACAGGGUCGGGCCAUUUUUCACCUAUUGGUGGGUACCAUGCUGCAAGAGACUUGGCACUGAUUUUAGAUACUGCUCGUUUUAAGUAUCCUCCUCACUGGGUUCCGGUUACACUUCUUUGGGAGGCCAUGAAUACUAUUGAUGAAGCAACGGGGCAUCAUCGAGGGUUCAUGCUUAUCUCAAGGCGUUUGAGGACACCAUCUUUGCUUUAUACCUUGAGCUGUAAAAACGGGAGUUGGAAUGAUACUGCAAAGUACUUGAUGCGGGAUGUUCAUGACUUUUUGCAAUCCGUCGCUGUGACGGAUGUUCAGAAAGUUCUCUCAGUUGUAGUUACAUCACUUCCUGCCAAAUUUACAGAGUUCAUCAAGUGGGUGGCAGAAGUGCGGAGACAAGAAGAUGCGGGUUCAAGUUUAAGCGAAGAAGAAAAAGAAAGACUUGCAAUAAAGGAGGAGGUAUUGAAACAAGUUCGGGAAACUGAACUAUUUAAACAUGUGGUUGAGAGUCCAUGUUGUAGGAGCAUUCCAUCUUGGAACGACAAAGACACCUUGCCUGAGCUCGCAGCUAUGGUCUGUUCCCAAGGAGCGGAAAUUCUGUCAGGAAAAUUAGGUUCCUCAAACGGGUUCUGUUGCAAGGAUACAUGUGUAUCAUUAACAACUGACGGCGACACACCUAUUACCGUGGUCUGUGGGACAGUCGUUACUGGUAAUAGUCAACAAGGGGUCGAUAUGUUGGUCCCUUACUCUGAAACAAAUCUGUGUGGUUGCCAUGUUUCUGGUCCAUGUAAAUCUAACACGAUGCACCCAGUAUGCAGUGACAUUCUUACUGCACUAUUACUUGCAUUGCCUCCUCAUACAUGGUCCGGUAUAAAGGAUGAAAAGCUUUUACAAGAGAUCUAUAAUCUAGUCUCAAUAGAUAACCUCCCCCGGUUGCUUCAAGAUGAGGUCCUGAACUUGCGGGAGCAGCUGCAUUCCCUGAAGAUAUGCCAAGAUAAAGAGGGAGAACAUGAUGAUCUAGGUGUGCCUUCUCUCUGUCCAUAGUACUUUUGUGUUUCAUCUUUAUUUUCUUUUUGUUCUUGGCCUUUACCAUCCAACUUUCAGGAGAAACAGUUAGUAUCCACUGUAAGCUGUAAAUAAUGAAGCACCAAAACAGAGCUAAACAAAGAGAAACCUAGAUAAAGUGCCAUCUGAAGCUUUUUUAUACCUGUAUUCUAGUUUCUUUACUCUUUUUUCCCUCUUUCCCCUCGUACAGUUGUUUCGUAAAAAGAAACUAUUUGUAAACUAUGAGGGGAUUUUAUAGCCAGGCUGAAUUAAUUGCACAUUCUUUUAGAUGCUUGAAAUUUUCUCAUAGUAUAUUACACGUUCUUUGAAUGUCUAAAUAGUGUUUUACCGGUA